UUAGAUAACGUACUGCACACAUUUGACGACAACACAUCUAAGGUCUAUGUUUCAAUGAUGUAGAUAAUGAUAUUUAAAAAGUAUAUGCCUAUAUAUAGAUAUAUCGAUAGAUCGCUGAAUGUUAACAUUAUUUCGCUCACUGGGUUAACUACUAAAAUAUUUAUUAUUUUAAUAGGUAACCCAGUAAGAUAACCUAAAUUAAAAUUUAGUAUUUCUCAUUAUUUGUUUUAGAAUAUUUCUUUCUUUUAAAAUAAAAUAAUGUUUUACUGAUAAUGUGAUACAAUUUGUAUUUUGACAAGCCGGAAACUAUUAAUUUCAUGUACAUAAUGGCUUCCAUGUUAACUAACGCAUUUAAACGGUUGCAAAUUUCAACAAUUUCGCAAAUUAGAGCAGUUUCCUCGAAUACAGCACCAUCAAAUGAUUCUUUAGUUAUUACAAGGAAAGAUUGGAAAUUCCCACCAACUUAUACUAAACCACGCGAAGUAUGGAUUGAAAACAUAGAUACAAUUGAAGAGAAAAAGAUUGGUUUAUUUGAGUUGCAUCCUCUUGUGUAUGCAAAUAUGCCACGAAUUGAUAUAAUACAUCAAAACGUAACAUGGCAGAAAAAAUACCGAUGGGUAUCGUGGGCUCAUACUAAAACUCGAGCCGAAGUACGAGGUGGAGGCAGAAAACCAUGGCCACAGAAGGGUUUGGGGCGUGCUCGACACGGAUCCAUUAGAUCUCCACUUUGGCGCGGUGGUGGUAUCGCGCAUGGGCCACGUUCUGGCAAAACGCAUUUCUUUAUGUUGCCAUUUCAUUUAAGAAUAUAUGGACUGACAUCAACAUUAUCAUCAAAACUGGCUCAAGAUGAUCUUCAUAUUGUUCAAAAUUUAGAACUUCCUACAGAGGAACCUGAAUAUUUAAAUGAAUUGAUAGAGAGAAGAAACUGGGGUCCAUCUGUUUUAAUAGUUGAUGAUACGGAUUAUGCACCUCGGAACAUAACAGCCGCUAUAGAUGCUAUACAACAUGUAAAUAUUAUGCCAGUAUAUGGAUUAAAUGUAUAUUCAAUGUUAAAACAUGACACAUUAGUCCUCACUGUGGCUGCUGCUGAGAAAAUAGAAGAGAGGAUAUUAUACCACCUUCAUUCUGAUACCAAACAGCAACAAGCCAAAUUCAAAUUGGAUCAAGUUUGAGUAAUCUUAGAACUGUACAUAGCUGUAAUUUAAAAUAAAAAAAGUGUAUUGAAAA